UGCCGCCAAUCAGUGCCACCUAUCAGUGCCAGUCAGUGCCACCUAUCAGUGCCAACAGUGCCGCCUAACAGUGCCAGUCAGUGCUGCCUAUCAGUGCAAUAUAUCAGUGCUGCCUUUCAGUGCCCAUCAGUGAUGACUGUCAAUGCCCAUCAGUGCAACCUACCAAUGCCUCCUCAUCAGUGCCACCUAUCAGUGUCCAUCAGUGCAGCCUCAUUAGCGCACAACAGUGAA